UAAGGGUAAAAUUUGUUUAUUACAUCGCAUCGAAUAUCGUUAUGUCGAAUGGUGCACGAGACGCGAUCGCAUCGGCGGGAAUCAUCCUCUCGUUAGUCCGUUAAGCCGACGCCUCUCUUCUUUAUCAAUAUACGCGUACAAGUUUUUGUGCUCUUCUUUCGAACAGGCGGCACUAUUAGCGAUGGUCCUGGUAGGAGUUCGGAACGAACCGCAAGGCCCGGCCUAUCUUCCGCCCAGCCCUCCUCGGGGAGGAGGCGGGACUGGUCACCCAGACGAUUGGGCCGGUGAUCCGGCGAACUAUGAGUUUUCGUACGAGGUCCAGGACGCGGCGGCGGGUCUGGACUUCGGGCAUCGCGAGAACAGGAAGGACAUGGAGGCCACCGGGACCUACCACGUGCUGCUGCCGGACGGUAGGACCCAGAUCGUCGAUUACGUCGCCGAUCAGAACGGGUAUCGGCCGAUGGUGCGAUACGAGGGAACCGCCACUUAUCCCGCUGGUCCAGCGGGACCUGCGGAAGAGGGCUACAGAUAUUAGGCGGCCUCGGUGCUCUUUCUCUCACAAUUUAAGUAUCAAUCUUUAGCGCGUUAAAAGAAUCGAUUUAAACAUCGUUAUGGUAUAUUUAUUGAACAGGGGUCGGCACUUUUUCUAUAUGUAGAAGACCAAAGAAGGGUUUCGCGGGUCAAGAGACAAAAUCGAAAAUAUUAUGUACUUGUACCGAGAGAAAAAUAAACUUCCACGUAUUUUUUAUUCGAUGAAAUAUUCAAUAUGUAAUAAUAAUUUCAGAGCCGACCUCUGCUGUUAAAAGAUACACGACGAACACGAUCGUGGACUUAUGCGAAAUGUUAGAACGAAUACAAUAACAUGCUCGAAUAACGUAAGAGGAUUGAACUUUCGGUUCGGAAAGAUCGAAAUGGUACGAUGUAGCGAAACGUGACCGUGACAACCAUCAUUUUAUCUGUAACGUGUAAUAAAAUAAUUUGAGGAUGAAGUAACGAAACCUUUCUCCCUUCGCUCUCUUCAACGUUCUAAUAUUCUACAU